CUCCAUUGAUCUCUACACGUCCUUCAGACAAUAUUUCCCCUGAGAACGUGCACAAUUACUCAAUAAACCCCUUAUUGCUUCGGUGCCGGCAAUCAGUUGCUCAGAGACUGAGUAUCUUAAAGAUUUAAGAUUUUCUAUUGUAUUCAUUCGCGUUCUGCUAUUUCUGGCGUGUCGAGCACAUGCGGGAAUAGUGACGAGACUUAAAUUUAGCUUUUCUGCUUAAUGGCCGCGUGAUAAGUUCAGUUGAAUUUUGUGCAUUUCGCCGCACCGGGCAACAUGACCGUCAGAUUUCGGUGAUAAGAGUGCAAUUGUAAUUCGGCGGGGAUUACAUCAACUUAGCAUUGCUUACGCCUGCAAUUUUCCGAGUAUUUGCAUAUGCGGAAUAUGCAAUGAUAGCAUUUUAAUCAAGUGAUAAUUCUGUGAUAUUGCCAUUUUCCGGGGUGAAUUAAUAUUGCGGAUAUCAACAGUGUCGCAAUCGUAAUCGUAAUUGAUACAUAAUUGAAUAUUUGCAAACAAUCAAAGUAUAAUGUGCUUCCUGAAUCAAUGCUGAAUAACGACCAUAAACGCGUGUCUAUGAUGAUAUUGUGGGUGCAAAUUAAAGAGUGUGGCAACUAGUAAUGUGCAAGCAAUUAAUGUUGAUUGUUUUGUGUCGAAAUUGCUAUCAAUUAAGUUUUAUGUGGAAUUAAACUGCCAAUAAGUUCAAUUCAUGAUAUAUGUUAUCGGGAACACGAAACAUAUCUGUGACAACUUAAUUCCACUGGCAACUAUCAGCAUUCAGGACAACGUUUGACCUAUUUUCACGCCACAGGCGGAAACCGAUAAAUUCAGUGUGGGAGAGUGAGCCUGUCGGCGACUGUUGGUCCCAGUAAGUUCUACCAACAAAAAGGACAUUUACAAGCAUAUCUGCACAGACAAAAUGUGGCCCAUCAAAGAGUGGCUAAGGAUUUCCGUUAUAUUGUGUACAUUCGGAUUUUUCCGGGAAAUGCGACCGUCUGAACCUUUUGUAAUAGAAUUUUUGUCUGGAGAAUGGCGUAACGUAACGGCUGAGCAAGUGAAUCGUGAACUCUACCCAAUUGGAACGUAUUCGUAUCUUGGGCAACUGGUCAUUGUGUUUCUUGUGACUGAUAUCCUAAGAUACAAACCGAUAAUCGUGCUGUCUGCAGUGGUUGGAAUUAUAAUAUGGGCACUCCUGUUGUGGACCUAUUCGAUACCGGAAUUAAUGAUUGGCCAAUUCUUCUAUGGAACAUUUAUGGCGGCGGAAGUUGCGUACUACACGUACAUUUACGCAAAAGUGGACCGAGAGAAAUACCAAAUUGUUACCGGACAUACUAGAUCUGCAAUUUUGGUCGGGAAGUUCUUAGGAGGAGUUUUGGGACAGAUUCUUGUAUCGUUUGAUCUAAUGGAUUUAAGGGAGCUGAAUUAUGUGUCGUUGGCAUCCCAGAUAGCAUCGCUACUUUUCGCCCUGAUGCUUCCCUCGGUAACAGCCAGCUUAUAUUUCUACACGAUUCCCACCAAAAUCGAAUCACCGCCAUCAUCGAAUUGUCCCAGCACUCUCGAAUUAAAUUACACGAAAUCGGCGGGGAUAAAUGAUAAUGAAAGCGGAAGUUCAAACAGCGAGCACACCCUCAGAACGGGUCAAAGCCACCCUCACAAGAUAACCACGAUGACAGCGUUACCUCCGUCGACGCCGACAACGAUGAAAAAUGAUGAUUUCGCCGAUCUGAAACCUGAAUUUUCAUGGCAACGGGCCUAUCAGCUCCUCUGGCAGCAUUUUCUCGAAGCGUACACUAAUCCCGUAGUUGUUCAAUGGAGCCUUUGGUGGGCUCUAGCCAUGGCAGGCUAUCUACAGGUCGUCUCCUACGCUCAACUCCUUUGGAAAGAAAUCGAUAUGAAUCGUGAAAAUUUCUACAACGGAGGCGUAGAAGCUGCAAUGACUCUACUUAGCGCGCUCGGGGCGUUCCUGGCAGGAUUCUUCGACAGCAGUCAAUAUCGCAAAUGGGACUUGUGGAUCCUUACAGUGUGCUCAGUAGUUGAAAGCUUACUUAUUAUAAUUUCAGCGUUCACGACUUCAGUGUGGGUGGCGUAUGUUAUGUACGUUCUCUUCGGAAUCCUGUACAAUUUUAUGGUAACAGUCGCCAGCGCGAUUGUGGCCAAGAAGAUUCAUGAGGAUAGUUUUGGACUGAUAUUCGGAAUUAACACUGUUGUUGCGCUUGUUACCCAGACUAUCCUUAUAUUAAUUAUAAUUUCAGAUAGCGGGUUUGCGCUUUCCCCCAGAGGUCAGUUCUACGCUUUUGGGGGAUACUUUCUAGGAGUUUCAGUUCUUUAUGCAAUUUCCGGAGUAGUGCAACUUUGCAGAAAGCAAAGCGAUAAAAUAGUACUUAAUUGAUCGUAGCUGCAGUAGAAAGUAUUAAAUUAAUUCAAACGCAACAAUAAACUAUUUUUGUACGAUUGAA